AUGGAUCAACUCAAGGGUGCGCUUAGCAGCUUCACCGGCGGCAACAAUGAGCAACAGCAGAAAGAGGGUGGCAGUCAGCAAAAGGCCUCUGGGAGUGGCACUGGCAGCGGUAACUUCCUAGGCGGACUGGGUGACAAGCUCAACUCUGCGGCCGGUGGAGGAAAGGAGAGCGAGAAGAAUGAGGAUUACCUCGACAAGGGAGUCGACUUUGUUCAGGAGAAGUUCCUCGGGCAAGGGCCUCAAGACAACGAGUCUGCCAUCGAGCAAGCCAAAGACGAGCAGAUCAGUGACUUUAUUCGGAAUCAAUACAAAUCGACCACUGGCAAGGACUUUCCUAUCAAGGACAAAGAGACCAAGUUUUGA